GGUGCCGCCUACCUGCCGCGGGGGCCGUCAGGGUCCCGUCCACGUAGAAGAGACUCAGCACGGGGCGGGACGGAGCCAUGUCGCCAGAUCCCGUGCUGCACCUGAUGUGACCCGCUGGCACCAGGAACUCGGUCCGGAACUUCCGGGGCUCAGCCCGCUCGCUGCGGCGCACGUCGGGAGGAGGAGACUCCACGGCCACCCGGCCAGGAGCGUCAGCAACUCUCUGUGGACCACAAAUCCCAGAAUGCAACGUGCCUCACGCAGUCCCGUAAGGGGGAGGAAGCGGUUGUAGAGACCCCGCUGGCUGGCGGAAUCGGGUAGAAGGGCGGGCCAUGGCUGCUGUCCUCCGAGCUGUGAUGCGGUUGCCAGGGCCAGCUGUGUGGGGAAGGCCUCUCUACGGGUUGCAGUGCUGCAAUGGGCAGGAUUUGAGGAGGUGGGUGGGGAGUAGGUCACCCACCUUGAAAGAGAAACCACCAGGCACAGAGACAGAGAAAUUCCAGAUGAUCUACCGGUUUGACGCCAUCAGAAUCUUUAGGUACUUGUCUCGGCUGAAGGUGGCUCAAACGGCCCUGACGGUGGUGGCCCUGCCGCCUGGCUUUUACUGGUACUCCCAGGGCCUUAUGGCUUUCGACUCCCUGUGCCUUGUGGGUGGGAUAGCUGGGUUCGCCCUGGCCAUGCUGUGCUGGAUGAGCUAUUUCUUCCGGAGGCUGGUGGGUAUCCUGUAUGUGAAUGAGUCAGGCACCAUGCUGCGGGUGGCCCACCUGACCUUCUGGGGCUGGCGACAGGACACGUACUGCCCAGUGGCCGACGUGAUCCCUAUGACGGAAACCCAGGACCGGCCGCAGGAACUUUUCGUGCGGAUCCAACAGUACAGUGGGAAGCAGACCUUCUACCUCACCCUGCGCUAUGGACGCAUCGUGGACAGAGAGCGUUUCACACAGGUGUUUGGGGUGCUGGACACACUUAAGUGAACAACUGGGCACUGGGCUUCUGGGCAGCCUUGGGCCACCUGGAUCUCUGACUGAAGGCUGAAGGUGUGGACGAGGCUAAUGAAGGGGACCUGUCAGCUGGAGACUUUGCCAGGAUUCCUGGGAAACUUGCCUUUUGGGGUGAGGAAAUUCAUGAGGCUGAUGCUAGUAACCUAGUUAAGGACAGAGGCCUUAGUGCAAAUUCUUGUAUACAAUAAGAGUUCCGCAUUUGUAUAUAACAUUCAUGUGGGUAAUGGCCAGCAGGUUCUGUUAGGAGCCAGCUGUUGGAAGGAGCUAUGCCCCGUUCAUGCAAACAGAACAGUGCUGUAAAAUGGGAAGAAGGGUGGGGCAGGGGGAACAGAGGAUUUGGAGUCAAAAGAGUUGGGUUUUGUUCAUCCUUAACCUCUGUCCUGGGCCAAGUCUCAGGUAGCUGAGUGUCUCUGAACCUUGAUUUUACAUUUGUAAAAUGGAAGAUCCUGCCUGUCUCAUGGGAUGUGUGUGAGAAUAAAUAAUAAAUGUUGAGUGCUUUGCAAAUGCAGUAGACAAGAGCAAACAUUAAGUGUUAGUUGAGAGAUGAUGGAGUGGCAGACCCAGCAGCAGACCAGACUGGGAAGAAACCUAGAAGUGGGUCAUUUGGUCCUGCCAGAGGGUAACUGCACGACUGGGGCAGGAGUGUCCUCCAAGCAGGCACGGCACACCUGCAAGACAGGACUCACUACCCAGAGGUCUUGGGGCUCUCAUAUCAGAUGUCUCUGGACUGCAUGUUCCCGGGCCAAUUUUUUGCCUAGAGAGUAGGUUCUCAAACCCUGGCUCCAUGUACGGAAUCACCUGGAGAGCUUUUUAAAAAUGUUGUUACCCAGGCCUCUGACCAUGUGCCCCAGGUGGCUCUCAUGUGUAGCCUGGGUCGACAGCCACUGGGUGGAAGUCUCACUAUACUGGAAGUUGAGAGCCGGGAUUCUCACCAGCCUUGGCAUGAAAGAGCUUCUGUUCUGAUGCAUGGUCGGCUCCAUAGUACCAGCAGAGGGCACACAGAGCAAAUGCAUUAUCCUUUCCUUUAUUCCUGAGCUAAAAUCAUAGAUCUCCAUGUGAGAAUGGGAAUCGGGUUAGGGUGUUUACCACACUUGUAGGGCAGCACCUGGGAGCUGUGCAAAAAAAAUCCCAAAUCAACAAAGAGAGCAAAACUACCCUGUGUUGAACCCCUACAGGUUCUGGUAGAAACUGGGCAUGUGUGUUUUAUGGUAAUUCCAAGGUACCCCAAGUUUUGAAAAUCAUUUUGUGGGGUUCACCCUUCUCUAAAACCGAGCAGCAGCUCUUCAGAAAAUGGAAGUGGCCUUUAGAUUCAGGUGGUGGACACGCUGGUGAUUACCCUCUUUGACAAUUCAAACAUAGUAACCUAAUAGAAAUGCCCAAGCAUCCACAUGAGAAUAUUCACUGAAUGUUUCUAACGGCAAAACAAACAAAACAAUACCACCAUCAAAACUGGAAGUAAGCUAAGUCUCCGGAAUAGGCAACACAGUUCAAUAAAUGUUGGUAAAGUGUAACUGAAAAAUAAAAUGUUGGUAGAUCCAUAUUAUGGGGUUACAUGACCCUUAACCAGAGUUAGACUGAUAUAAUCUGCUGAUGUCGAAAGGUAACCAUGGGGUAAUGUUAUGUGGAACAAACAAGUCACACAACAAUAUCGUCUUGUGCGAUCUUGUGUUUUAAAAAUGCAACAUUCCAAAUUGUGAACAGUAAUUACCUCUGGGAAGAGGUUUCAGGGUUGAAGGUGGUAGAUGAAGGGAAGGCUCCCAGUUCAACUUUGUAACCCAGUAUUUAAAAUUUUCAUGAGUUUGUCAUGUGUCUUAACAUGGAAAAUGCUGUGAUAAACA